CCCCUCCAUGCUGUCAGAGAGAGUCCCUGUCGGCCUGAUGUCCUCCGUUGUAGCCCCAGAAAAACCCACCUCCAACACCAUGGGCCCCAAAGAGGUGGAGCUGAUCCUGGUGAAGGAGCAGAAUGGGGUUCAGUUCACCUCAACCGCCAUAGUGGCUCCGACUCCCACUCAGACCAACCCCAGUGGGGAGGAGGAGAGGGAGACCUGGGGGAAGAAAAUCGACUUCCUCCUGUCUGUGAUUGGAUUCGCCGUGGACCUGGCUAAUGUCUGGAGAUUCCCCUACCUCUGCUAUAAGAAUGGAGGAGGAGCGUUCCUGGUGCCAUACCUGUUCUUCAUGGUGAUCGCAGGCAUGCCUCUCUUCUACAUGGAGCUGGCUCUGGGACAGUACAACAGAGAGGGGGCAGCAGGCGUCUGGAAGAUCUGUCCCAUCUUUAAAGGUGUAGGCUUUACGGUGAUUCUCAUUUCCCUCUACGUUGGAUUCUACUAUAAUGUCAUCAUCUCCUGGGCGCUGUUCUACCUCUUCUCCUCGUUCACCAGCGAGCUGCCAUGGGUCCACUGCAACAACACCUGGAACAGUCCUAACUGCUCCGACUGGGCUGACAAUAGCUCAGUCAGUGACAUUUACAAGGCCACACCUGCCCAGGAGUACUUUGAACGAGGGGUGCUCCACAUCCAGGACAGUAAUGGGAUUGAUGAUCUGGGCCGUCCACGCUGGCAGCUGACUUCCUGUCUUGGUGUAGUGAUUGUUCUGCUCUACUUCAGUCUCUGGAAAGGAGUCAAGACAUCUGGAAAGGUUGUGUGGAUCACAGCCACAAUGCCCUAUGUGGUCUUGACUGUGCUGCUGCUCCGUGGAGUCACUCUGCCCGGAGCCAUCGAUGGCAUUAAGGCCUACCUCUCCGUGGACUUCCUGAGACUCUGUGACGCCAAGGUCUGGAUUGAGGCAGCGACACAGAUCUGUUUCUCUCUGGGAGUGGGGUUUGGUGUGCUAAUUGCCUUUUCCAGCUACAACAAAUUCAGCAACAACUGCUACAGAGAUGCCAUCAUCACCAGCUCCAUCAACUCUUUAACCAGUUUCUUCUCCGGUUUUGUGGUCUUCUCCUUCCUUGGAUACAUGUCCCAAAAGCACAACGUAGCCCUGGACAAAGUUGCCAGAGACGGUGCUGGCUUGGUGUUUGUCAUUUACCCAGAAGCCAUUGCAACAUUACCUGGAUCAUCAGUGUGGGCGGUAAUCUUCUUCAUCAUGCUGUUGUCACUGGGCAUUGAUAGUGCUAUGGGUGGGAUGGAAUCAGUGAUCACAGGGCUGAUUGACGAGUUUAAAAUCCUCCACAAGCACAGAGAGCUGUUCACCCUCUUCAUUGUUGUCUCCACCUUCCUCAUAUCUCUCUUCUGUGUUACAAAUGGUGGGAUGUAUGUGUUUACUCUGCUAGACCACUUUGCGGCAGGAACAUCGAUUCUCUUUGGAGUGCUUAUUGAAGCUAUUGGCAUCGCCUGGUUUUACGGAGUGGAUCGAUUCAGUGAUGACAUUGAGGAGAUGAUUGGCCAGCGACCAGGCAGGUACUGGAGACUGUGCUGGAAGUUUGUGAGCCCCUGCUUUCUCCUGUUUAUGGUGGUGGUGAGCUUUGCCACAUUCAACCCUCCAAACUACGGCACCUACAUGUUUCCUCCAUGGGCCAACAUGGUGGGGUGGUGUCUGGCCAUUUCCUCCAUGUCCAUGGUGCCUCUCUACGCCAUCUACAAACUCUGCACACUGCCUGGGAAGUUUUGCGAUAGACUGGCUUAUGCCAUCACCCCAGAGACAGAACAUCAUUUGGUAGACAACGGGGAGGUUCGGCAGUUCACACUGCAUCACUGGUUGGUUGUCUGAAAAGGAGAGCGAGAGAGAGCGAGAGAGAGCGAGAGAGAGAGUGAGAGAGAGAGAGAGAG